AUGGUGGAGGUUGGGACCCUGCGAUUGCUCAUCUUUCUAGAUGGGGAUGCGGAGGACUCGACAACAUUUGGAGAUGUUAUUAUUAGGAAUAUCGCAGCCUACGACUGGUCUAUUGUUUACGGAUCACCAACAAAACUUGGCCUAGGUCUGCUCUCCAUUGCUUUUGACUGCGGCUUCUUCAUCCAACACCACCUCUAUCGUCGCAGAUCAGCCUCCACAGAAACGGUGACGGAAGAGGAGUUCGGCAGUUCUGAAGCUCCCCUUCUGAAUGAAUCAGCUAAUACAAAUGCCAAUGACUAA